UUCAUUCAAUUGUUGAACGAUUCCAUUGUACCCCACGUUCUAUUGUAAGCUACACGUAGUGUAUAUACAAUUAUAACAUGGUUAAUGUAGGAAUCGCAAAUAUAUAUUGUUUAAGUACAAAGCGGGCUUCAUUUGCAUGGCUACACGAAUGAACGAACUGAGUAGAAAAUGUACACGCAUGGGAGGAAGAAGAUAUUUUUUUUAAAGAAUUCGGCGCCCAGAAUGUUUCCUCAAAACCGACCUCCGGCACCUCUCCAGCCACCCCCUGGGUCUUCAGCGUCUGCGGCGGCAGCUGCAGCCUCGGGAGCCCCCCAGGCCCUAAAGCUCACCUACCCAGAGACCCUGGACCGCAUCAAGGAGGAGUUCCAGUUCCUCCAGACCCAGUACCACAGCCUGAAGAUGGAGUGUGAGAAACUGGCCACAGAGAAGACUGAGAUCCAGAGACACUAUGUUAUGUAUUACGAGAUGUCCUACGGCCUUAAUAUUGAAAUGCACAAACAGACGGAGAUCGCCAAGCGCCUGAAUGUGAUCUGUGCCCAACUCAUCCCUUUCCUGUCACAGGAGCACCAACAACAGGUGGUCCAGGCCAUGGAGCGCGCCAAGCAGGUGACUAUGGGGGAGUUAAAUGCAUCGAUAGGGCAACAGCUGCAGGCGCAGCACCUCUCCCAGCAUGUGGCCCAGGGUUUGCAGGGUCUGCACAGUAUGCAAAUGGGGCCCCAUCCUGGGGGCCUCCCUCACCCUGGCCUGGCGCUGGGCGGAGGGUCCAGCCUCUUGGCUCUGUCUGGGGCCCUGGGGGCCCAGCUGGCUGCCAAGGAGGGCCACGAGAGGGCCCACCUGGAGGCUGCCGCUGCUGCAGCCGCCGCAGAGCACCACAGAGGCUGGCUGCGGGGACGCGGGGCGAUGCUGCCCAUCAUGGACGUAGACCGUGAAGCGGGACCGAGCUCUAUGUCCAACGGGGAUAAGGGCCGUACAGCAGACUACCUCAGCAAUGGGAAGAAGAGGAGGGCAGACGAGAAGGAGUUCAUGACGGACUAUGGCAGCGAUGCGGAUAAGAGUGAUGAUAAUUUGGUGGUGGAUGAGGUGAGACCCCUCGUCCCCCGCAGUGUCCACUCCUACUCGUCUCGAGAAAACGGCCUGGACAAGUUGCCCCCGUCUCGUAAAGACGCCCCUCCCCAGGCCAGCCCUGCGUCCCUGGCCUCCUCCAGCAGCCAAGCCUCCCCCUCCCGCAGCAAGGACCGGGAGCCACCGAGGGAGAAGUCCAGUACCCCAGGUAUGAAGCCAGGCACCCCCCACGGUUCCCAGGACUCCUCCACCCCCGGCCCCAGUGCACCCCCACAGUUCCGGCCCGUCCCUGGCAAACCUGGCGUUGACCCUCUGGCUCUGGGUCUGAGGAACCCUCUGGCGGUGCAGGGAGCGUAUCCCCCCGGGGCAUUUAGCCUGCCCCCUCCAGGAGUGAAUGGGGAGCUGGCGGGGGCAGCGGCAGCCUAUGGAGCGGGGCUCCAUCUGGUCUCCCCCCAGAUGAACGGCUCUGCAGCCGCCGCCGCUGCAGCCGGAUAUGGACGAUCACCAGUGGUGGGCUACGAGUCUCCUCACCCCCACAUGAGGGUACCAGGGUUACCCGCCAGCCUGCAGUCCAGUGCCUCAGGGAAACCUGCCUACUCUUUCCAUGUAAGUGCGGAUGGACAGAUGCAGCCGGUGCCUUUCCCUCCAGACGCCCUGCUGGGCCCGGGCAUCCCGCGGCACGCCCGGCAGAUCCACACUCUGAACCAUGGAGAGGUGGUGUGUGCCGUUACCAUCAGCACCUCCACACGCCACGUCUACACCGGCGGCAAGGGGUGUGUCAAGGUGUGGGACAUCAGCCAGCCUGGCAGCAAGAGUGCCAUGGCCCAGCUCGACUGUCUGAAUAGGGAUAACUACAUCCGCUCCUGCAAACUCCUCCCUGAUGGCCGGACCCUCAUCGUUGGAGGCGAGGCCAGCACACUGUCAAUCUGGGACUUGGCCACACCCACUCCCCGCAUCAAGGCGGAGUUGACGUCUUCUGCCCCGGCCUGCUAUGCUCUGGCCAUUUCCCCCGACAACAAGGUCUGCUUCUCCUGCUGCAGUGACGGAAACAUUGUAGUCUGGGACCUGCACAACCAGACCCUGGUUAGGCAGUUCCAGGGCCACACUGACGGGGCCAGCUGUAUUGACAUCUCCAACGAUGGGACCAAACUGUGGACGGGGGGGCUGGACAACACAGUACGCUGCUGGGACCUGAGAGAGGGACGACAGCUGCAGCAGCACGACUUCACCUCACAGAUCUUUUCUUUGGGCUACUGUCCUACAGGAGAGUGGCUGGCAGUGGGCAUGGAGAGCAGUAAUGUAGAAGUGCUGCAUGUCUCCAAACCAGACAAGUAUCAGCUGCACCUCCAUGAGAGCUGUGUGCUCUCCCUCAAGUUUGCCUACUGUGGUAAAUGGUUUGUGAGCACAGGCAAAGAUAACCUUCUGAACGCAUGGCGGACACCCUAUGGAUCAAGCAUAUUCCAAUCAAAGGAGUCGUCUUCUGUGCUCAGCUGUGACAUCUCCCCUGAUGACCAGUUCAUUGUGACCGGCUCGGGUGACAAGAAGGCCACUGUGUACGAAGUCAUCUACUGAUGAGGGAGCACUCUGAUUGGAUAAAGUGGGGGUGAGGCUCCCUUGGCACACCAAUGGACUGUAAAGAGAGUGGUGGGAGUCGUGGAGACCAGAGACACAUUGUACUUUGUUUUAUUUACUUUCGUAAAGGAUGCAGAUGAGGGUGAAGUCGAAUAUCUGGAACUUUGACCUUAAAAAAAAAUAUGCUCCAAAAAAGCUGGUAGUCUAGCGACACAAAACGUGGGAUUCCUCCAAAGACCUCUGAUUUUCCCUCACCUUUUUUCUCUUUUUUUUACAAAAUGAAAAAACAUAUUUUUUUAGCCUUAGAAUUCAUGACGAGCAGUAGGACCAUUGUGUGUGCACAGAGGGAGAUAAGUGGGUUGUGAGUGCUGGGGGGGGGGGCUGGACUGGACGGAGGGGUGUGUGGGUGACUACAGUUUUGUGUGUAGCCUUACCCAGUCUCUGCUCGUAUCACUGUCUGUCUGUACUCAUCUAGCAGAUGGCAUGGCGGACAGACAGUUUGCUGUGAGAUUCCAAUGACUAAAGGUGGUUAGAUUCAGCAGCAAUAUGAUUGUAUUGUAAUACAUGAUAAAAGGACAGAACACUAUCCAGAAUACAAAACUAAAAUUUGUGUUCACAGUAUUCUGCAAUUUCAGGGAAAUGGCUACUUACAUCAACACUCAACAAUUACAUGUUUUCUAUUGUAUUUGUUAGGGCACAUAGACAGACAGGUAUUUUCACUACUGCAUCGUGACCUUUGAACUCAGUAUAUGAACUGUAAAUAAAACUCUGAAGGCAAAAAAAAAAGGACAUUCGUGGGUCGGAUUUGCUUAGAGCCG